GGCGGGAGGCGAGGAAGAGGAGGAAGAGAGGAAGCUGCGAUAUAAACAUUGUCACAGAGUGAGUCUAAAGUAGAACAAUAAAAGAGAUCACGGUAUCAAUGCUCGAACAAUGGACUUAGCAGAUAUGAUUCUCGUCAAAUUCCUCUGUUUCAUCUACUUAAUAAAUGACAGCCAAGGUUACCAUUAUGGGAUCCCCCUGAACAAGUAUGUGCAUCACUAUGAGGGUCUCUCCUAUAACACCUAUGAGAUACAUGACAAGCACCUGAGAGCCAAGAGGGCCCUCCACCACCAAGACACGUUUCUCCAUCUAGACUUCCAUGCACACGGAAGACAUUUUAACCUGAGGAUGAAAAGAGACACCGGUCUAUUUGCUGAGGACCUGAAGGUGGACAUGGGAGGCCAGGAGGUGAUCUAUGACACCUCUCACAUUUACACAGGACAAAUAUAUGGUGAAAAGGGCACACUGAGCCAUGGUUCGGUGGUGGAUGGCAAGUUCGAGGGCUUCAUCCAAACGUACCAGGGGACGUUCUACGUAGAGCCAGCGGAGAGAUACCUGAAGGACAGGGACGUUCCCUUCCACUCCGUUAUCUACCACGAGGACGACGUCAACUACCCCCAUAAGUAUGGUCCGGGGGGGGGCUGUGCCGACCACUCAGUGUUUGAGAGGAUGAAGAAAUACCAAGCCACUGCCGUAGAGAAGCCAGACAAGGAGCUCCAUUCUGAGGAGGCGUCCAGUGAUCCGGUGUUGCUGAGGAAGAGGAGGAUGGCUCAGAUAGAGAAGAACACCUGUCAGCUCUUCAUCCAGACUGACCACCUCUUCUUCAAGUACUACAAGACCAGGGAAGCUGUUAUCGCACAGAUUUCUAGUCACGUCAAGGCUAUAGAUGCCAUCUACCAGGGAACAGACUUCAUGGGCAUCCGCAACAUCAGCUUUAUGGUCAAGAGGAUACGGAUUAACACCACUACAGAUGAACGGGACCGGUCCAACCCAUUCCGCUUCGCUAACAUCGGCGUAGAGAAGUUCCUGGAGCUGAACUCUGAGCAGAACCACGACGACUACUGUUUGGCCUACGUCUUCACCGACAGGGAUUUUGAUGAUGGUGUCCUGGGUCUGGCCUGGGUCGGAGCUCCUGCAGGGAGUUCUGGAGGGAUCUGUGAGAAGAGUAAGCUGUACUCUGACGGGAAGAAGAAGUCCCUGAAUACCGGCAUCAUCACAGUGCAGAACUACGCCUCUCACGUCCCUCCUAAAGUGUCACACAUCACCUUCGCACAUGAAAUAGGACACAACUUCGGCUCUCCUCAUGACUCGGGGUCGGAGUGCACCCCGGGGGAGUCUAAGACCCAGGAUAAGAAGGAGAAGGGGAACUACAUCAUGUACGCCCGGGCCACGUCAGGAGACAAGCUCAACAACAACAAGUUCUCCGUCUGUAGUGUCAGGAACAUCAGUCAGGUCCUGGAGAAGAAGAGAGGAAGCUGCUUUGUCGAGUCAGGCCAGCCCAUCUGUGGUAAUGGGCUAGUGGAGCCAGGGGAGGAGUGUGACUGUGGAUACAGCGAUCAGUGCAGAGACCAGUGUUGCUAUGACGCCGGGCAGCCUGACAACAGGAAGUGUAAACUAAAACCCAACAAAGUCUGCAGUCCUAGCCAGGGUCUGUGCUGUACUCCUGAGUGCUUCUAUAAGGGUCGUAAUGAGAAGUGUCGUGAAGAGUCUGAAUGUGCUCAUCAGGGCAUGUGUAACGGAGGUACAGCUCAGUGCCCCACCUCUGAACCCAAGGCCAACUUCACCGCCUGUCACGGAGAGACUCAAGUUUGCCUCAACGGGGGCUGUUCUGGCUCCAUCUGUGAGAAGUUUGGUCUGGAGGUCUGUACCUGUGCCAGCGUGGAGGGCAAAGACGAGACUGACGAGCUGUGCCACGUCUGCUGUAGCGAGAAGAUGGACCCCAACACCUGCAGCAGUACAGGCUCAGAGAAACUGGCCCGGUUCUUCAAUAAGAAAAUCACCACGCUGCCCGCGGGGUCUCCCUGCAACGACUUCAAGGGCUACUGUGACGUGUUCAUGAGGUGUCGGCUGGUGGACGCGGACGGCCCUCUGGCCAGACUGAAGAAGGCCAUCUUUAACCCUGAGCUCUACGAAAACAUUGCAGAGUGGAUAGUGGCUCACUGGUGGGCAGUGCUAUUGAUGGGCAUCGCUCUGAUCAUGCUGAUGGCUGGCUUCAUUAAGAUCUGCAGUGUCCACACUCCCUCUAGUAACCCCAAACUGCCCCCACCCAAACCACUACCAGGCACGUUGAAGAGGAGGAGAGCCCAGCAGCACGCCAGGGAGGCCAGAGAUGCCCAGGUUCACCAGUCCCAGUCCCACCACGGAGAUGUCAGUCACGGCCAGCACCGCCCUGUCUCUGGGGGCCAGCGGCAGCAGCCCUCACGCCAACCCCAGCCCCAGAGGCACCACCGCAGCCAGGGCCAGCCCAGAGAAAACUACCAGAUGGGUCAGAUGAGACGCUGAGCUGCUGAGACGCUGGGGUUCGGGGUGGGAACGCUGCUCCCUCCGUCGACUGCUCCUUGCCUUGCCUUGGCUCCUCCUUGUGCCUAUCUAUGUCACUGCUGGGAUUGAGAUUUGAACCCAUUUUUUGGGGGGGUAUUUGAACCCAUGUCUCCAGGGUGGAAAUCCCACAUCUUAACCAUUAAACCAAGAGGAUUUUCUUAGAUGUUUUAAUGAUUUAGGAUAGACGGAAUUGAGGGAAAGAUAAGGGAACCACACUUUUUUAGUUUUUAUACACUUUUUUUUUUAGGAUGUCCUCAUUAUCUAAUGGUUAAGGUGUUGUGUUGCCACGUGGGAGACCCGGCUUCAAAUCCCACCGGUUUACACCUAACAGUGGGAUAAAACACGUGCUUCACUCCACCCAAAGAACAACCUAAACUGGUUGUUUACCAUCCCCGUACGUCAGACCCUCCAUCUACAAACAGACAAACAGGACGGAGUUGAGAAAGCUCACAUAAAGACCCUCUCCAACGACCACCACUGGGGCUGCAGCACCUCUGACCUCUUCACAUAAAGACCCUCUCCAACGACCACCACUGGGGCUGCAGCACCUCUGACCUCUUCACAUAAAGACCCUCUCUAACGACCACCACUGGGGCUGCAGCACCUCUGACCUCUUCACAUAAAGACCCUCUCUAACGACCACCACUGGGGCUGCAGCACCUCUGACCUCUUCACAUAAAGACCCUCUCUAACGACCACCACUGGGGCUGCAGCACCUCUGACCUCUUCACAUAAAGACCCUCUCUAACGACCACCACUGGGGCUGCAGCACCUCUGACCUCUUCACAUAAAGACCCUCUCUAACGACCACCACUGGGGCUGCAGCACCUCUGACCUCUUCACAUAAAGACCCUCUCUAACGACCACCACUGGGGCUGCAGCACCUCUGACCUCUUCACAUAAAGACCCUCUCUAACGACCACCACUGGGGCUGCAGCACCUCUGACCUCUUCACAUAAAGACCCUCUCUAACGACCACCACUGGGGCUGCAGCACCUCUGACCUCUUCACAUAAAGACCCUCUCUAACGACCACCACUGGGGCUGCAGCACCUCUGACCUCUUCACAUAAAGACCCUCUCUAACGACCACCACUGGGGCUGCAGCACCUCUGACCUCUUCACAUAAAGACCCUCUCUAACGACCACCACUGGGGCUGCAGCACCUCUGACCUCUUCAAAUAAAGACCUCCUUCAACGACCACCACUCGGGGCUCUCUCGCUGUGGGAGUGAGAUCCACCAUUUUAGUUGACCAUCCGCCAUUUUGUCAUUCUGUGGAGUGGAAUUGACCAUCAGCCGUGCAGUGUGGAGUGGAAGUGACCAUCAGCCGUGCAGUGUGGAGUGGAAGUGACCAUCAGCCGUGCAGUGUGGAGUGGAAGUGACCAUCAGCCGUGCAGUGUGGAGUGGAAGUGACCAUCAGCCGUGCAGUGUGGAGUGGAAGUGACCAUCAGCCGUGCAGUGUGGAGUGGAAGUGACCAUCAGCCGUGCAGUGUGGAGUGGAAGUGACCAUCAGACAUUGCAUUUUUUUUUCUCUCAUUUAUUUUAAUAGAGUUCCAAGGAGUGGAGGAAUGGUUUCAUCACAUGUAGCUUUAGUCAUGUGUUUUUUUUCUCUCUUUUCAUUUGCAAAGUCCCUGCUGCUGAGUGAGAACACACAUAUGUUCCUAGGCUCCUGGUUGGUUGAAAUGUUUUGUCAGCCAUCUUAGCCAGAAAUUAAAGAGAUUUGCUGGACUUGUGAUUACGACACAACGUUUCAAACUAAGCAGCAAAAAGACACAAGGCUUUGUUUCUCCGUGCAGACUCUCUGACCUGUCUGUCUGUCUCUGACUGACAGUCUGUCUGUAAAGAUUUCAGUGUAACAUAACAUGAGUGAAAAAACACAACUAUUUCUUCUACUGUAAAUGUACAUAUGAUUCUUUACUGUUUUUGGUUAGUACUGUACUCUCAGGACAGUAACACAAAUGAUGGUAUCUGGAAAAGUCUAUGGGUAAGUUCUCUGGACUCUGGACACUGAAGUUGGGAAUUUUGACAGCAUUUCAGCAAUCAAGUUCUCCUUUUGCUGCAAUCAUGGAAUCCUAUGGAUGGAAUUCUCAUAGUGUUUAGGUUCCAGAGGUUCCAGCGGUAGAACAUAAGGUCACCACCAUAUCUCACUACUUCUCACCUUUGACCUUUUGUGACGUUCAAGAGCUCCCUCAUCUCUUCAUCUGGUAUUUUUGCUAACAACUUGUUUCUGGUCUCGUCGUGACGUAACAACUUGUUCUGGUCUCGUCGUGAUAGAAAGGAAAGGGAAGUUCACUUUUAGUUUUUACACACUUUUUUGUUUUGUCCCAGUUUUUUUCUUUUUUUAUAUACGUUUUGAUGCAGUAGAAUAAAUCUAACAAAUAACCACUAAUUAAAAGCUGAUUCUGCCUGUCAGGUCACUGAAGGCAGGCUAAGCUUGGCAUAGGGUGCAUCCAAAAUAUCACCCUAUUCUCUAUUUAUCCCUGGUCCAAACUAGUGCACUAUAUACAGUUGAAGUUGGAAGUUUACAUACAGUUAGGUUGGAGUCAUUAAAACUUAUUUUUCAACCACUCCACAAAUGUAUUUUUAACAAACUAUAGUUUUGGCAAGUCGGUUAGGACAUCUGCUUUGUGCAUGACACAAGUCAUUUUUCCAACAAUUGUUUACA